AUGGGCACCCGUGUUCCGGCAAGACCCUCCGCCGGACCUCAUCCCCCCGGGAGUCCGCACGAAGCCGGUAAAGCCCUGUGUGAAUACUCAGACUGCUUACUACUCUUACCUCCCAGUAACAUUGCCAUGAGACGAGAUGUCCAAGAGGGCCAGGUUCGGUGUUUAUCUCGCCUAGGAAGGCACAAGGAAGCUCUGGAUAUUGCAGAAAAAAUGAAAAACAGCGCUGCUAACACAGAUCACUUAACUACAGUCCUCAACCUGCACUUUGCCAUUUACCAGCGUCUGGAAAAUGUAGAAAAAAAGAUCACGUGCCUGCAGGAGCUGAUCUGCUUACAUCCUUUCAACCCGUGGUACUGGAAGUUCCUUGCCGAAGCUUAUAUGAGCCUUUUACAGGGUUUGUCUCCGUUAGUCGUUCUGGAAGAAGAUCAGUCUCAAGAGUCUAGUGGAAGCGGUAGUGGUUUCCAAACGUCAGCUGAACGAGAGAUCAGUCUGCAGCCUGACAAAUCAGACGGCCAGAGAGAAGGCCCUUGGUCCAGCCCCGCUUCAGAAACAAAGAGGGAGAAUGCAGUGCCUUGUGGCAGCAGCCAGGCUGUGAGAGAACUCCUCUGCACGUCAGCAGAACCGGAAAGGUCGGAUGAAGGGAAACACGUGGCCUCUGAGUCCUGGGAUCGGAACAUGUCGAAGAAAGUUGGGAUAAAGGCAUGUGCUUCAUUUAUUAGAGCAAGGUAA